UUGGGCUGCAGUCUCUGUUGAUUACAGCAAUGUGUAAUCAGCUCUGUCUUUUCUCAAUCGCAUGUUCACCUCUGUCUGUUGCUGUCUGUGGGGGCUACUCGCAGCUCAGGAGGUGUGUUUAAUGCCCGUGGGAUCCACUCCUUGUUUUCCAUGUAUCCAGGGGGGUUGGAAGGCAGCUGAAAGUUCAAACAGAGACACACUCCCUCAUGCUCUGCAUGGAGAGAGCACAGAGAUUAAGGGGUUUGUCUGCACCGACAACAAGGAGUGCUCACAGUUCGUAACUUGCCAAAGAGGAAGGAUGAUUCUGUUUUUUCCCCAAGUUUGCAACUUUUGCAGCUUUUCCAGAUUUGCCUCUGUUGCAUAAUAAGGACUGGAUACCGUGUUUUUCUUUUGUUCGUCUUCUUGUGUGGGACAGGUAGUACAGAGUGUGGAGAAAGCAGCUGAGUCAGUCUGCUGAGCAAAGGAGCCUGAGGAUGCAGGUGCCAGCCAGGCUUUACUUUAACUUCUUUGAAGUUUUUUUCCCAUGUCAAAGGUGAAGGAUUAUGCCUGGCAUAGGAAUUUGGUCGUCCAAGGAAUGACUUUACGAGCUCAACAUCUACAACUUCCAGGCAGGAUGCCUAUGCUAUGUGCCUGCAUUAGUGUGUGAAUAAGGAUGUCUGUGUGACUCAGUGCAGUGCCAUGCUAUUCUUCAGCAGUGGGGCGGUGGAUGCAACCCCAAGGAGUUCAACUAUUGACCCACUGCAGCAGGGGAAAAACGUUUACUGCAUCUCCGUCACCCUGAAAGAAACACAGGGAGAUGCACCGGUGUCAGGGAGUGGAAUGGGCCGGGUCAUCCACACCCUGGUGGACAAUUGUCCGCAAGGAGGAGAGAAAAUGAGUGUAUUGCCAAUGGAGAAGAGCCCCAGGCUGGGCAGGGCAAGGCAGGAGCUCCACAAGUGGCCCUCCCUGAGCCGCGCAGGUAGAGCUGGGAGGCAAAGAGAGGAGGUAGUUUUGGAGGAGAAUGAGGAGGAGCUCGAGGAGGUGGAGGGAAAAAUGAAGACCGACAGGUUUUUGAAACCACCCUCCAAAAACUCAGGUAACUCCUCACAGCAAGGAAGAGACGUGGCAGACGUAGCUGCGAAGAAAUACACACAGGAGCCUCGCGUUCGCAGCUCAACGUUACACUCUGUCACCGUCCACGCCAGGGGGCUCGUGUUUGGGGAAAAUGGCACAGUCGCAGGACACAGCUCUCUGCCGCGGGCCUUGUUGCGAAGGCCGCGUCAGGAUGGAGCCCCGGUCAGCAGGAGGACGGUGAGCAUGUAUGGCGACCCACUCCAGCAGCAAGCAGAUUAUCAACCUGAACAAGAACGACUGCUGCGGAGGCCCAGGAGUGUAUGCACGCUGGCAGGCCCAGGCCCAACUCUGUUGGCGACCCAGCAACCCCUCAGCGGGGAAAGUAUUUUAGAAAACAACCUGCCGUACCAGACUAGGAGGGCUGAGCUGAGGGCAGUGGAUGGCCUCAGUUCUAUCCUGGCUCACCGGCCCUCAUUCACUGCAGAGGAGACCCCCAGGCUCCGCCAGAGGAACUGGAAGCCCAGGCCUGUCAGCAUGACAGUGCUGGAGCUGAGGAAGAGGGGGUCUGAUGACGAGAUAGACAGUCAGAGGAGCUGCAGCCACACAGGCGGUGAUGGAGGUUAUCUCAAAGGGGGCUUCCGAUGGAGGCUGUUUGGUAAAGCACCCCAAGAUAACAACAAGGAGAAGGAGAGUGAAAAAGAAGAAAAAUCUUCUCCCAAAAUCAACAAGACUGAUGCUCCAAAAAGUACUUUGAGCUCUUUAAGACGGAGCCUCAGUCUGCGAAUCAGGAGAACUCGGCCCCGGGACAAAGCUAAUUUCGGUUCUGAGGGGGAGUCAAAGGACGACUCUCGGACUAAAAGUACGGCUGAGGAGACAACAAUGCCUCCGCGACCUUUCUCAUACCUCACAGGGAGAAUGCUCCCCGCCACUAGUGAGCAAACAGAGGAUGGGGGCAUGCAGUACAUUCAGUAUCACAGCAGGGGGAAGGUCAAGGUAAUGGAGGUCCCCCUGUGCCCAACAAAACUGUCCUCCAAACCAGUUCAGGAAGAACCAAGCAUAUGGCAGCUCAUAGCCAACCGCUUCAGGAGGAAAGAGCAGCCAUUCAGUGGCAAAAAUGAAUCCCAGCAGUCCCAGAGCAAAAACACUGGCCAAAACCCCCUGGCUGGGAAUAAUAAGUCACAGCCAGUCGCCAUAGAGACUCCUGUAGGCAUUGACUCCCACAAAGGUCAAGACUCUUUCGUCAACAGUCAGGAGUGGACAUUGAGUCGGUCAGUGCCGGAGCUGAAAGUGGGCAUUGUGGGGAAUCUGUCCAGUGGGAAGUCGGCCUUGGUGCACCGGUACCUGACGGGGACCUACGUGCAGGAGGAGUCUCCCGAAGGUGGACGGUUCAAGAAAGAAAUCGUGGUGGACGGACAGAGCUACCUUCUCCUGAUCCGAGAUGAAGGAGGCCCUCCAGAGCUGCAGUUCGCUGCCUGGGUGGAUGCGGUGGUUUUCGUCUUCAGCCUGGAGGAUGAGAUCAGCUUCCAGACGGUCUACAAUUACUUUCUGCGCCUCUCCAGCUACAGGAACACAGCUGAGGUCCCCAUGGUCCUCGUUGGAACACAAGAUGCAAUCAGUGCCGCCAACCCCAGAGUGAUCGAUGACUCGCGGGCCAGGAAGUUGUCAAAUGACCUGAAGCGCUGCACGUACUACGAGACCUGCUCCACCUACGGCCUGAAUGUGGAGAGAGUCUUCCAGGACGUUGCCCAGAAGGUGGUGGCCAUGAGGAAAAAGCAGCAGCUGUCUAUUGGUCCAUGCAAAUCUCUCCCUAACUCUCCCAGCCACUCAUCAGUCCCUGCUGCAUCCAUUCCCUCUGUUCAUAUCAACCAGGCGGCCAAUGGUGGGGGUGCGUUCAGCGACUACUCCUCCUCUGUUCCCUCCACCCCCAGCAUAAGUCAGCGGGAGAUGCGCAUUGAGACCAUAGCUGCCUCCAACACGCCCACGCCCAUCCGCAAGCAGUCGAAGCGCCGCUCCAACAUUUUCACAUCACGGAAAGCCAGUGAACAGGCAAAGAGCGUUGACAGUAAAACAGACAGCAUAGGCAGUGGAAGGGCCAUACCCAUCAAACAGGGAAUCCUUCUGAAGCGAAGUGGCAAAUCCCUCAACAAGGAGUGGAAAAAGAAAUAUGUCACACUGUGUGAUAACGGCGUCCUCACUUACCACCCCAGUUUACACGACUACAUGCAGAAUGUGCAUGGGAAAGAGAUUGACCUGCUGAGGACCACGGUCAAGGUUCCGGGGAAGCGACCGCCCAGGGCGGUGUCCACCGUCGCCCCCACGGCGAGUCCCAAGACCAACGGGCUGACCAAGGACCGCAGCGCCCUGCAGCUGGGCAUCGGAAGCACAGGUGCUCCUCACUCCAACAGCAGCUCGUCCCUGCAGACCGGCGCCUCGGUGUUCGGCGGCAGCAAGGACGGCAUGCACCAGCGCUCCUUCUCCGUGUCCAGCGCCGACCAGUGGAAUGAAGCCAUCAACACCAGUACAAGCAGCGGAGCCCCUAAUGGGAUGAGUGAUCCAACAACUCCCAGCGUCGGCAGCGCGACCAGUCCGAAACUCGAGCCGCCUCCUUCGCCUCACGCCAACCGCAAGAAGCACAGACGGAAAAAGAGCACGGGCAUCACAAAGCCAGACGGCUUAUCUGCAGGCAAUGAAGAGCAAGAGGAUUCCUUUGAGUUCAUCAUCGUGUCGCUGACGGGUCAGACGUGGAACUUUGAGGCGUCCACGUACGAGGAGCGGGAGCUGUGGGUCCAAUCGAUCGAGAGCCAGAUCUUCGCCAGCCUGCAGUCGUGUGAGAGCAUCAAAAAUAAGUCUCGGUUAGGAAGCCAAAGCGAUGCGAUGGCCAUUCAGUCCGUGCGUAACGUGAGGGGGAACAGCUUCUGUGUGGACUGUGACGGACCCAACCCAGACUGGGCCAGUUUGAACCUCGGCGCCCUGAUGUGCAUCGAGUGCUCGGGCAUCCACAGGAACCUGGGCACCCACCUGUCCCGCGUCCGCUCCCUGGACCUGGACGACUGGCCGGUGGAGCUCAGCAUGGUGAUGACGGCCAUCGGGAAUGCGAUGGCCAACAGCGUGUGGGAGGGCGCCUUGGAAGGAUACAGCAAGCCGGGGAGCGACAGCAUCAGGGAGGAGAAGGAGCGCUGGAUCCGGGCCAAGUACGAGCAGAAGCUGUUCCUGGUGGGGCUGCCCCAGUCCGACGUGCCCCUGGGGCAGCAGCUGCUCCGGGCGGUGGUGGAGGAUGACCUGAGGUUGGUGGUGCUGCUGCUGGCCCACGGCACCAAGGAGGAGGUUAACGAGACCUACGGGGACGGGGACGGACGCACCGCUCUGCACCUGUCCUGUGCCAUGGCCAACGUGGUGAUCACGCAGCUGCUCAUCUGGUACGGUGUGGACGUGAAGAGCCGCGACGCUCGCAGCCAGACGCCGCUGUCCUACGCCCGGCGAGCCGGCAGCCAGGAGUGCGCGGACAUCUUGCUUCAGCACGGCUGCCCCAACGAAGCGAGCACCCUCACCUUGGCGGCCACGCCCAACAUGAGCCGCCGCAACCCCAACAUCAACAACAACAACGCCCAGUGUGAGCUCAACCGCAGCAUCAGCAUCAUGUAGGAGGCGGCGUGCGGCCGCGAGGAAACAGACAUUAAAAACAAACCCUGCACCCGCCGACCCCUCCCCCCGUCUCUUUCCUGUACUUCCUCCUGUUUCACACUGUGUAACCCAGAGUCAGCAGCGGCGGAGAGAUUUCAGGAGUAACGGACUCAUUGUUAAUAUUCCCCCCACGCCGACAGAAGUAGGUCCUGUGAGGUUCGGACAUUGUACAUUGUUUGUUUUAUAUUGUUAUUUUGUAAUUGUUUUGUUAAAUUCACUCGAUCUCGGUCUGAAACGAUCACGAUGAGCUUUAAAGCUUUAUGUUCUUCAAGCGUCAACCAAACAAAUGACUUACUUUGGCAUUCAUACCUACCCUACGAAAAGCAUUUCCUUAAUGCUUGAACAUUUCCUUUCACGUCUUCCCCUCUGCAGCGUGAGCUGAUUUUAUAAUGAGCGCAAAUGAGAGACUUCCUUCAAAUUUUCAAGCCGAGGCAUAAUAACACGAAACUGUGAGGAAUAGUUUUCACGGUGACAAAACACUGAUGUGGGAAGGAAACUAAAUCUUCCACCAUAUCGAUGGCUGUUGCAGCUUUUAGUAAUGAUGCAUGGCUUCAACAAGGCUAUCAAACUCUUGACAUACUAUUCAUAUACAAAGGCAAAGCAAUAAUAGCCGAAGAGUCCAAAUGAUUGAGAAUCUUAAUGAGUCCGGAUCAUCAUAAAGAAGUUGAUUGCAGCGUUCCUACGGGGUGAAAGUGAGUAAUUUCCUCCGCCACCCUUAUCGUGAUCCUCCAGUAAAAAUGGCCGUGACUAUAAAGGAAUUAAGGGGCACGGUGUUUCAUGACCAUCGAGCCACAUGGCUUUGUGAGCGAGCCUCUUCAAUCAGAAUGCAUUCAAAUUCAAGAGUUUGAUUGAAACUGUGAAAUUGCACCAUUAUCAUGUCUUUGUUGGAGUAAUUUUUAACGAUUGACCAGAUUGUGUUGAUGAUUGUUUGACACAGAUUUGUGCGAUUUCAAACCAUGAGCGUACUGGAAUAUCCUUUCACCUCCCGUGGCCAAAUGGCUGUGAACCUGGUACUCCAGAGUGCGUUUCCUCCAUUAUUGCUGUGAAAUACAUAUGUGGUACUAAUGUGUGUACGUACUGCACGACACGUGUGUGCUUGCGUCCUCUUCGUCCGUGACCGUGUGCAGCCGAGGGCAUUUCUGUUGGUAAACUCUGGAGAAAGGACACUGGAGAGAAGACUUGGGAACAUAACUGUGUUUUAAUGUACAGACCUAGUAGUUCUUGUUCCAUCACCUUAUUCCUUAUAAGAACAGUUUUAACGUACUCUGACUUUUAGAAGUAAGAAACUACCCUUCCCUUCCCCUUGACCCUGUGUACCCUCCCCCACCCUGAGAGCCUUUCAGCCUACAAGCAGAACUCCCCGCUCCCUGCAACAAGAUGCAUUCAAGUGACGGAAACCGGAGCGACAUUUAGGGAUUAGAAUGAGUUAAGGAGGUUCAUAGAGCGAGGUCAUUAGUUUGACCCUGUGUGCAUUAAUGCAAAUGGACAGUAUUCCACACACGCUAAGCCUGUUCAUUUAGUAAAUUAAGACUUUGGCACCUCAGUGAAAUCAGGUGUUAACACUACGUCUACAGUGUAUUGUCCCCUAUUUGUUUAACUGCCUUUUUUUUUAAGUUUCAAACUGUCUCGAUUUGCUCAGUUUACAAAGGCAGGAUGUAUGUUUACGUUAUUGUUUACAACAAGAAAAUGAAAAUGAAUCAGUGGUGCUCAAUACAGGCCGAUGUUGAAAACGUGGAAAUAUGCUUUAAUUAGCUUUUUCCCAAGAGUGAAAUUAGAAGAUUGACACCACUCUCAUGUCUGUAUUUAAAGAGCUGGAGGCAGGAAGCACUAUUCCUGAAAUUAUCCUAUUAAAAACGUUUUAGAAACAACUGCAAAUUCAACCAUUUACCUUUGAAUAUACCUGCACCAUACCUGUGGGACCGGCCUUAUUUCUGAUCUGUACUUGAACCGAUUUCAAGUACAUUUCCGUGUAGGAGAUUAUUUGAGGGGAGUUUUAAAGUGUACAGUGAUGACUGAACUUUUAUUGACGUACUGUAAAUGCUGAACAAAAAAAACACUAGAAACUGCCUGAUCUACCCCCAAACACAACAUGAAGUGUACAUAUUAGCUUAAUGCCUUUAUCUACAGACAAGCUCCUCUUAGAGAAACAAACUGAACUGGUUUUUUGAACCAUAUUUUAAUAUGUUGCUUUUGUUUCUCCUUUGGCAUAUUUUUUAAAGGUACUUUCGUUUGGUCUCAACAUUAACUGACCAUCUUUGGUACUUGUGUAUAAUGAUGUACAUUUGACAUAUUUAUAAUGCAGUAUGUAAAUAUCUUUUUUUUUUGGUUCCGUUUUGUUUAAGUUCAUUUUCCUAUUGUAAUUUCCUUUUAACGUUCAGAGCGUGAAACAAAGCAAAAGCUAAAGAGUAACUUGUUGUACGCUUGGAUGCUUGGCUGACUGUUGACCUAUUAAUAAACACUCAACGAUGUAGCCUUCCCUGGAUUUAGGGAAAUCGAA